AUGUUUAGAAAAGAAAAUAUUUCUGAUUGCCAAAAAUCUCUUUCAAAAGAUGAUACUCAAAAGCAUAUAUAAUAAUACAUCAUAGAAGAAUUAAAUUAUUCGUUUGUUGAUAAGUAAUAGAAGUUAAAAGAUGUAACAAAUAACAUUACAAAAAUUACUAAUAUUUUAAAAAGUAUUUAUGAACAUGACUUUAAUAAAAAUGACUAUUCCACAAAAAUAUACUUGGAAAGCAGACAAGAACUCAUUCAAAAUAUAUCGAAAAACAAAAAAAUUAUCUAAUUUUUAAAAUUUCUAGUUUCUCUCACAUCUAUAGAUGAAAAAUUUAUAUUAAGUGGAUCAAACUCACUGAACUUAUUAGUUGAAAUGAAAGUUGAUCUAUCAAAACAAAGCUUUAUAAAUAUUAGAAUUAAAAAUAUUUCUAUAGUUGGAGCAAAUUUUAUAAGAAGCAAUUUGAGUGGGUCUGAAUUUGACAAUGUUGAUAUAAGCGGAAUAAAUUUAAAUGGGGCUUUACUAUUAAACUGCAAAUGGAAGAACAUAAGGAUUAAUGAAUUACAUCAUUUAAAUGGUCAUAGUAGUUAUGUCAAAUCAGUAUGCUUUUCUCCUAAUGGUAAAAUAUUAGCAUCUGGAAGUAAUGAUAAUUCGAUUCGUUUAUGGGAUUUUAAGACAGGACAGUAAAUAUCGUAAUUAGAUGGUCACAGUCAGGGAGUACUUUAAUUAUGCUUCUCUCCUGAUGGUAUUUUAUUAGCAUCUAGUAGUGAUGAUAAGUCUAUCUGUUUAUGGAAUGUUAAGACAGGAUAAUAAAAGAUAAAAUUUGAGGGUAAUUGUAAUACUAUCUAUUCAAUAUGCUUCUCUCCUGAUGGUACCACAUUAGCAUCUGGUAGUGAUGAUCAGUCUAUCUGUUUAUGGGAUGUUAAGACAGGACAAUUAAAACAUAAAUUAGAAGGUAAUAGUUUUGGAGUCCUUUCAGUAUGCUUUUCUCCUGAUGGUAAAACAUUAGCAUCUGGAAGUAAUGAUAAUUAGAUUCGUUUAUGGAAUGUGAAGACAGGACAAUAAAUAUCGUAAUUAGAUGUUCAUAGUCAGGGAGUACUUUCAUUAAGCUUCUCUCCUGAUGGUAUUUCAUUAGCAUCUGAUAGUGUAGAUAAGUCUAUUUAUUUAUAGGAUGUUUUGGCAGAACAAUAAAAAUCUCAGUUAAUAGGUCAUGGUGAUAGUGUAAAUUCAGUAUGUUUCUCUCCUGACGGUAGUACAUUAGCGUCUGGUAGUUUAGAUAAGUCCAUCUAUUUAUGGGAUGUUUUAACAGGAUAAUACAAUACUCAAUUGAUAGGUCACGGUGAUAGUGUUAAUUCGGUGUGUCACUCUCCUGACGGUACUACAUUAGCCUCUAGUAGUGGGGAUUAGGUUAUUUGUUUAUGGGACGUUAAGACUGGCUAAUAAAAAUCGAUAUUUAUGGGUCAUGGUGAUAGUGUCAAUUCAGUUUGCUUCUCUCCUGAUAGUAAUACAUUAGCAUCUGGUAGUUCGGAUAAGUCUAUCUGUUUAUGGGAUGUCAAGACAGGAAAAUUAAAAUUGGAAUUAUAUGGUCAUAUUUCUGGAGUGUUAUCAGUAUGCUUCUCUCCUGAAGGUAAUACAUUAGCAUCUGCCAGUUUUGAUAAGUAUAUCUGUUUAUGGGAUGUAAAGACAGGACAAUUAAAAUCUAAAUUAAUAGGUCAUGGUGAAAGUGUGAAUUAAGUAUGCUUCUCUCCUGAUGGUAUAACAUUAGCAACUGGAAGGUAUGAUAAUUCUAUCCGUUUGUGGAAUGUAAAAACAAGAAAAAAACAUUCUAAAUUUGAUGGUCAUAGUCAUGGAGUACUAUCUGUGUGCUUUUCUCCUGAUGGAACCACGUUAGCAUCUGGUAGUGUGGAUAAUUCUAUCCGUUUAUGGGAUAUUAAGACAGGAUAAUAAAAAUCUAAAUUAGAAGGUCAUAGGAAUACUGUCCGAUCAGUGUGCUUUUCUCCUGACAGUACAAAAUUAGUAUCUGGUAGUCAAGAUAAUUCAAUUCGUUUAUGGGAUGUUUAGAAUUUACAACACUAGACUAGAAUGAAUGGACAGAGUUUUUUUAUUGAACCACCAUUUAUUUUAUCUGAAGCCGCCCUAUCAGCAUAAGAUAUUAAUUCUAUGAAUAUUAAUGUAGGACAAUAAAUUUCCUUCGAUUAAAUAUAUAAAGAUAUUUCUAGUACUUUUUCAUAAAGGGGUAUUAUUUUUAUAUAUGAUUAUAGUAGACAAAUAUAUUACAAUUUUACUGAUUUCUUAAUAGCCAAUAUUUUAAGCAAAAGGCGCCUUAAUUCUCAAAGGAGAAUUUAUUAAUCAAGCAGGAAUUGAUUUAAGAUAACUAUUGAAAUAAAGAGGAAGUUAUAUUUUGGAAAGCUAAAUAGAAUUUAAAUAAAAGUAAAAUUGA